AAUCAGCUACAGGAUUAUCCUGCUCCCAGAGUGUGCAGCCCGAACAGACCUCAGAGGCACAGCUGAGAGCAGCCAUGGCCAACAGGACGCAGGAUGAGAGAGUGCUGCAGCAGAUUGAGAGAGAGGUGCGAAUGCAGGAGGGGACCUGUAAACUGCUGGCUGCUUGUUCCCGGAAAGAUCAGGCCCUGGAGGCCUCAAAGAGUCUGUUAACCUGCAACGCCCGCAUUCUGGCUCUGCUCAGCCAGCUACAGAGGAUAAGGAAAGCACAGAUCUUAGAGGGAGUGGGAUACAGUAUAUCUGAAGAUGCUGAAUCGUGUACUGGGAAACUCUCACUCUCUGAUCUGCGAAUCCCCCUCAUGUGGAAAGACUCAGAGUACUUCAAAAACAAAGGAGAGCUGCAUCGCUGUGCUGUGUUCUGCCUGCUUCAGUGCGGCACAGAGAUCUAUGACACCGAUCUGGUGAUGGUAGACAGGACAAUGACUGACAUCUGUUUUGAAGACACAAUUAUAUUCAACGAGGUGGGUCCUGGUUUCCAGCUUCGAGCUGAGCUGUACAGCAGCUGUGUGGUUGAGGAUUUCCCUCGGGCGGCCCCAGCUCCCAGAAGAAUGAGCUUCCUGGGAGGCUCCUUGGGAUGCUCUUCUGGGAAGAAGAUUCGAGCUGCAUUUGAGUCUGCAGCUGCGUGCGGUAACGUCUCCUCUGGUGGAGGGAACAUAAGGUCUGGACAUGUCCCACCUUCUUCACUUCAGUCACUGGGGCCAAAGUAUAACCUCUUGGCUCACACAACACUCACCAUUGAACAUGUCAGAGAGGGUUUCAAGACACACGAUUUGAUCCUUUCAGCAACGGAGGACAGUCCUUUCUGGUUGCCUCUAUAUGGAAACAUGUGCUGUCGCCUAGUUGUUCAGCCUCUGUGUAUGAUUCAGACAGUGAUAAGCGGCCAACUUGAAGUCAAGCUUGAGAAGGACAAAGACAGUUGGGAAAACUUCUACUGUGUUCUCAGUGGCCAAACUCUUCUCUGUUAUCAAAGUCGAGAAGACCUGGAGUCAGAGGAUGAACCCGUGCUUGUGAUUCCGAUCACAAAGGAUACCAGAGUAUGUAUGUCAGAAAAAGAUCCUGUCCGUGGGCUGAAGAUUAUCGUAAGCAUGGAGCCUCAAAGAGAGAAUGUGACCUAUACAGCUACCGCCGAGAAUACUGAAGACUUGCAACGCUGGAACAAGGCCCUCCGGCAACAUACCUAUAACCUGAGCCAGUGGAAACAAUGCUGUGAUGAAGUGAUGAGGAUUGAAAUGCCAAGACCCAACAAAACCAACAUGGUGAAGCAGGGAUCGCUUUAUCAUGAAAUGGUAACGCCCUCCUCUCCGGGAAAGGGUCCUGCCAUUUCAGAUUUGUCUAAUGAGAUACGCACUUUGCUUUCCUCUUACUACAGAGAAAGCUAUUAAUCAUCCCGACAGAGAUACAGCAGAGAGCAAUCAGUUGCUCCCAAUCUGACCGCCUGUGAUUUUUCAACUUGGACAAAAUGGACAAGGACAUGAUCAAUGCUGCAUGUACUAAAUUCUUUAAAGACAUCCAGAUUUACUGUGCUGUUCUUACGGCUGGUCUUCCUCUUAUACACAAAUCCAAAAUCUAUCUAAGAGAAAAAAAAAAAUUAGAUUGUGUCUGGCCUUUUAUUUCUUUCACUAAACCAAUUUUCCAAUUAGUCAUCCUUUAGACUUUCACACUGAAACCAAAGACACAGUCUAGGCUACUUCCUGGGAAACUCAGAAGACAAAAAUUUUACAGUAAGCUGUCAACACCCCACCCAUUAGCAAUGAUUGCAUAAUACUUGUUUUGUUGUCUAGCUUCUUCUUACGUUGUUUAUAUUGGGCCUCUGGAAUGUUAAUAGAGCAGACUUAGCACUGCGAGUAUACAUAAGGCUAUUGAGAAGGAGUUCAUACCAUAUGUUGGCAACAAUCCAAAAAAGUCCAGAGUCCAUCAAUUAAGUUAUUUGUAAUCAGAUGUUAUCUACAGCAAGUUAUUUUUAUAGAUGAUCACCUGGAGUCAUGUUAGAAAGUUGAAGGGGCCAUCCUAGCAGUGCUUUGAGAUAUUUCCUUGAGAAUGCAUUUGGGACUGCAAUGGACUGGUGACCUGUCCAGGGUGUACCCCGCCUCUCACUCGUAGACAGCUGGAGAUAGGCACCAGCAUCCCUCGCGACCCCACUUGGGAUUAAGCGUGUCUGAAAAUGGAUGGAUGGAUGAAUGCAUUUGAGAUCUUUGCCUUCUUAAAGAUUUAUCCAAAUUUCCUCUUCUCAAGAAUUUUUCUACAUACAGUCUCUCUUCAGAUAUAUGAAGUCUACCAGUACCAUAUGCUAAAAAAAAAAAAACAUCAUCACAUUAUGAUGCUCCCACCUUCAGACUUAGGGUUAUGGUUUUUUUUGCAUAAUGUGAAGUACAGUACAUAUCUACUUUAAACAAUGUAUAAUGAAAUCUAAAGAGAAAAAAAAAAUUAAAUGGGGUUAUCUGACCUGGCUAUAUCUUUCCAAUAUUUCACUGACGUGUGAAACUGCUUUGCAGCAAACAUUAAAUUAGCUUAAAAGCAGCUAUUUUCUACAGUUAAGUCUUGUCAUUAUGUUAUUGACAAGACUAACCACAUUAUGGUUAAGUGCGUUGCUUACAGGUUUCAUUAUAAACAGUUUCUGCUCCUCCAGAUCUGUCAGAUAUGACAGAGUUGUGGGAUUUUCUCAUACAUUUUUUCUAAAUUACAAGAAUACAUUUGUAGUACUGCAUAAUAAGGCUGUUUUAAUAUAAGAAUAGGAAAAAAGGCAAUUUUCAUGAGAAGAAAGCUUUGAUAGUUAUCAAUAUUUUACCUGAUUAGCUCAAACAGCUCUUUCUUGGAAGAGCUCUAACGAGAAACACAAGUACUGCUUUACUUUUGUAAUAUUACAACUUCAUUUUGAUUCUACUCCAGCUUGGUUAUAUCAUGACUUUAUUCUCAUACUGUUAUAACUUUAUUCUCUUUACAUUAUGGUAAAUGUCAAUUUGCCUGUAUUUGUAAAGUGCUUUAUCCAAAUCGAUUCACACUACAUUUAGAGAUGAGGCACGGUGACUUUACUCUAAAACUUUUAUUAUUUCGGGACCUAAAAUGUUAUCAUUGUGUUCAUAGUAUUGUGAUUGUAUUCUAUUCUUGCAAUGUUGUAACUUUAAUCUUCCAGGACUUUCGACAAAGAUACCUACCUCUUUGCAUGUUCUAAAAAUACUUGUUUGGAACAAAGGUUUUACAUUUCAAAGCUCUCUCUAAGCGGUAAUUCUGACUUCACAAAAAUCUGACUAAGGCCGGGCAUACACUAUAUGAUAUUUUCAAUCGUUUUGCUGAGCUAAAGCUCAAACUGUACGACGCAACCAAAGGAUUUAAUAGCUAAUGGCUCAUGAUUAAUAUUCUUCCACCGUACAGCACAAUGCUCUGAUGUGAUCUAACUGCUCACACUACACAAUCAAAAACCACAUGUGGGACUCAGUGCAGAGAGAUGGCACUGGUCAGACUCGUCAGUCCUGAAAAGAAGAAGAAGAGCUCCCUUGUUUGCACAUACGCAGUGCUUGAGGUUCAGGUAAAUCAGCUUGUAAACGCUCAUAGCUCCGCUUCAACAGCAGGAUUUGCUUACCAAACGCCUCACGAGGCCCGAUUGAAUUUCAAACAUGUUUGAUUUUCUACCAACCUUAUGAUUCUGAUCGGGAGGAGAGGCUGAUCGCCCCUCGUUACCCCCUGUAUACUACAAGAUGCAGGAUGAGGCUGAAACUCGUCCGAUCGAAAAAUGAAAAUUCUUGCAUAACUGGAGAAUCAACCCGAAAAGGGCAAAACAUCGUACAAUGUGACCCGGCCUUAGUGAGAAUUUGUCUGGGUCAAUUUAUAGUGAAAUUAUGUUUUUCUAAAGUUUUUAAUGAUAGCUUCAUUAGUGUUUACUGGAACAAUUACAAGUUGAGAAACAAAUUUGCAGAAAGUGUAAAAAUAUGAUUGUAAAGGUGAUUUUACCCAUCAUGAAAUACUUCUUGUUUAACGAGAAAUCUUUAUAAGCCGCCACAAAUC